AUGUCUUUCCUAAACAUAUUACGAAUAGGACAUCUACAAAAGAUUUCAAAUCCUUUAAGGUUAUCGAAAUUUCAGUAUUCAUCAUAUGUUAAAUAUGCCGAACAUAAAGAAUUGGAAAAAAUUAGAAAUAUAGGUAUAUCAGCACACAUAGAUUCUGGCAAAACUACUCUUACGGAAAGAGUAUUAUUUUAUACAGGAAGAAUUGAUCAAAUGCAUGAGGUAAAAGGCAAAGACAAUGUCGGUGCUGUCAUGGACUCCAUGGAAUUAGAAAGACAAAGAGGAAUUACUAUUCAGUCAGCAGCUACGUAUACAAUAUGGAAAGAUCACAAUAUCAACAUUAUUGACACACCAGGACAUGUAGACUUCACAGUAGAAGUGGAACGAGCUUUGAGAGUUUUAGACGGUGCAGUAUUGGUGUUGUGUGCUGUAGGUGGAGUCCAAAGUCAAACAUUAACAGUUAAUAGGCAAAUGAAGCGGUAUAAUGUACCAUGUUUGGCGUUUAUUAAUAAAUUGGAUAGAUUAGCAGCAAAUCCUGAGAGAGUUCUCAAACAAAUGCGAACUAAAUUAAAACAUAAUGCUGCAUUUUUGCACCUACCAAUUGGCUUAGAGAAAGAAUGUCAAGGAAUUAUAGAUCUGGUUGAAGAAAAAGCCGUUUAUUUCGAUGGAAAUUAUGGUGAAAUUGUAAGGUUGGAUGAAAUACCCAGAGAUAGAAGAGCUGAAGUUGAUGAAAAACGACAUGAACUAAUUGAACAUUUGUCGAAUGUUGAUGAAACACUAGGGGAGCUGUUUUUAGAAGAAAGAAAGCCAACAUUACCAGAACUGAGGCAGGCUAUCCGCCGUACCACAUUGAAGAGAACAUUUACCCCAGUACUUUUAGGAACAGCACUUAAGAAUAAGGGAAUCCAACCUCUGCUGAACGCAGUAUUAGAUUAUCUCCCACAUCCAGGUGAAGUGGAAAAUACAGCCAUUUUGGGUGAAAAAAAAGCAGAUGAAGGAGAAACAGUGAUUUUGGACCCAAAGAGAGACGGCUCUAAACCAUUUGUUGGUUUGGCUUUUAAGUUAGAGUUAAGCAAGUUCGGACAGCUGACAUAUCUGAGAUGCUACCAAGGAAUGCUAAAGCGCGGUGACAAUAUUUUCAAUUCUAGAACAGGAAAGAAGGUAAAAAUUUCUCGCCUUGUCCGUAUGCAUUCUAGCAAUAUGGAAGAAGUGAAUGAGGUAUUAGCAGGUGAUAUAUUUGCAUUGUUCGGCGUAGAUUGCGCUUCUGGAGAUACAUUUGUAAAUGAUAGCAAGCUACAACUAUCAAUGGAAUCCAUACAUGUGCCGGAUCCAGUUGUUUCUAUGUCUAUAAAACCUAAGAAUAAUAAGGAUAGAGAUAAUUUCUCCAAAGCGGUUGCUAGGUUUACAAAGGAAGACCCAACAUUCCAGUUUCGUUAUGACGGUGACAAUAAGGAGACACUGGUGUCCGGAAUGGGAGAGUUGCAUUUAGAGAUUUAUGCUCAGAGAAUGGAGAGAGAGUACAAUUGUCCUGUUGAAUUGGGAAAACCUAAGGUGGCGUUCAGAGAGACAAUGAUGUCCCCAUGUACCUUCGACUACCUUCACAAGAAGCAAUCCGGUGGGGCAGGGCAAUACGCCAGGGUUGUGGGUAUUUUGGAGCCAUUACCACCACAUCAGAAUACAUUACUAGAAUUCGUGGACGAAACAAUGGGAACUAACGUUCCUAAGCCCUUCAUUCCCGGUAUCGAAAGGGGAUUCCUGGACACCUGUCAAAAGGGAUUCCUAUCGGGUCACAAAGUAUCUGGUAUUAAGUUCCGGCUCCAAGAUGGUGCUCACCACGUGGUGGAUUCCAGCGAAUUGGCUUUCUUCUUGGCUGCUAAGGGAGCUGUUAAGGAAGUCUUCGAAGAAGGCGCGUGGCAAAUCCUUGAACCCGUUAUGUUCGUCGAAGUCAUCACACCAGAUGAGUUCCAUGGGACGGUGAUUGGUCAAUUAAACAAACGGGGUGGCAUCAUCACAGGCACCGAGGGUGCCGAUAGCUGGACUACGAUAUAUGCUGAAGUGCCUUUGAAUAAUAUGUUCGGAUAUGCUGGCGAACUUAGGUCAAUGACCCAAGGCAAAGGUGAGUUUAGUAUGGAGUACAGUCGUUACUCUCCCUGUCUUCCGGAUGUACAGGAACAGCUUAUAAGGAAAUACCAAGAGGAAAUGGGAAUUCUACCAGACCAAAAGAAGAAGAAGAAUAAUUAA